AUAGUGAUCCCACACAAUCAAUGAGUUCAGCAGUAUAGUGCAGCUCGGACCACAUGUCAGUGUCCUCACUGUGUUCUCACUGUGUCCGCCUGUCCAUCAUGUCAUGUCUCAUUAAGUGUAAUAAAGACAUUUAUGAACGAGCUGCUCGCAAACACUCAACUGGAUCGAAUAGAUGAAACCAGUGAGGUCUGAUGGCUGGACCAGUGUUCAAAGACACGGGCUGAGUGUUGAACUUGUGCGCGUGCACACGUGCAUGUGCAGAGUUUUUGUGUGUAGGAGUGACUCCCUUAGUAUAAAACCUCUCCAAGAGGACACAGAGACGCCCAGAGCGAGAGAGGGAGUGUGUCUUUAGGUCUCCAUCUAUAAGACAUCUCUGCUGAAGACAUCUCUGCUGAAGACAUCUCUGCUGAAGACAGCUCUGCAAACACACACAAACAGAAACAGAAACAGAAAAAGAGAAAGAGAGAAACAGAGAAACAGAAAGAGAAAGAGAGAAAGAGAGAAAGAGAGAAAGAGAGAAAGAGAGAAGUGAACUUUUGGGUCAUGAUGAUGUUCCCGUGCAGCGCCCUGCCUCCUCCUCCUCUGUACCCGGGUUUCCUGCGUCCCCCCGCGGCUCUCUGCUCGCCCCUGAGCCGGUCACUGCCCUCGGGCUUCCUAGUAGAAGAUCUCCUCCGGUUGAGCCAGCCUGUCAGCUGCAUACACCGGACUUUCUCCUCCAGAGGUCCCGGGGACAUUCACCCGCUGAGCGCGGCCCCGGGCCCGGGCGGCCCUCCCCGGCCGUUAGAGCCCAGCGCAGAGCGCUCUGAGCGGGGUCAGAGCUCCAGCAGCCCCGGCGGCUCUCCGCUCACUCUCUGCCCGGACUCCGGCUACCUGAAGUUCGGCGUUAGUGCCAUACUGGCACCGUCCACACGGAGCGUCCAUCAGUCCAAGUCCUUCCCUUUGCCUUUCUUUGAUGGGAGCCUUCAUCCUUUCAUCAGGGCCUCCUAUUUCACAGCCUCGUCCUCAGUCGUUCCUGUCCCGGGAACCUUUUCGUGGCCCCUGCCCCCCAAAGGGAAGCCCAGGAGGGGCAUGCUGCGGCGGGCCGUGUUCUCAGACCUCCAGAGGAAGGCCCUGGAGAGAACCUUCCAGAAGCAGAAAUACAUCAGCAAACCAGACAGGAAGAAACUGGCCAGUAAACUGGUACUGAAAGACUCCCAGGUGAAGAUCUGGUUUCAGAACCGCAGGAUGAAAUGGAGGAACUCCAAGGAGAGGGAGCUGCUGUCGACAGGCGGCUGUCGCCAGCAGACCCUCCCCACCAGAACCAAUCCCCACCCGGACCUCACCGAUGUAGGCAGCGCCCAGUGCCACAGGCUGGACCGGACUGCACUCGCCAGCCAAGAAAAGCUGGACAGCCACGAGUCACAUCUUCAACACCACCACCAUCAUCAUCAUCACAAUCCUUCCUCUCCGUCAGAGUCCAGCAAACAGUCCGAGUCCGACAGUGAAGAAAUCACAGUUUCAUAAAGAUUCAGACGUGUGACUCCACAGUCCCGUCUAAUGAGAAGCUGUCAGCUGUGGAGGACGACAGGAUGAAAAAGGAUUUAUCAAACAAACUGAACCUGCUCUCUACAAAGCUUCUCAGCCUUUCCCCCUCUGGGCCAUAUGUCUGUACAGUGUUGUUGAUAUUACGUGUAUAUGUAGUUCAGUAUAUCUAUAUACAGUAACUAAACUAUACAGAGUUAUUUUAGAUAUUUUGUAGAUUGAAAUGUUUAAAACUCUUAAAUAGUUCUUUCCACCAUAUAUUUGUAUUCUUUAUAUUUUCUCAAAUAAAUCUGG